UAUGACUCGUCAUGCGUGUGAGGACGGCCCAGUCUUGGAGGAACAGGAGACAGAGGGACAGAGACAGCUCCACAGUCUCCUCCUACAGCAGUUAGACACAGAUGUCAACAUAGAUAGUACGGACUCGGGAGAGGCGAAGGUCGAGAGCCGUGCGUCCUCCGAAACACAACCCAGCCAAGCUGCAAUGCUUCUUGACACAAAGCCCGCUUAACCCGGAAGCCAGCCGCACCAAUGUGUCGGAGGAAACACGUACACUGGCCAUCGUGUCGAAACCCCGUACACCCUGCUUCCGGACCGCCACAGGAGUCACUAGUGCGCGAUGGAACAGAAACAUCCCUCCCAGCCAAACUCUCCCCUAACCCGGACGACGCUGGGCCAAUUGUGCGCCGCCCCAUGAGGCUUCCGGUCGCGGCCGGCUGCGACACAACCUUGACUCAAGUCCAGAAUCUCUAGUGGCACAGCUGGCACUGCGACGUAGCCUAGAUUGGAUUUAUCAAGUUUUUCUACCAACUGAAAGCUGAAAGCACUUUACAUAGUAAGGGGGAAACUCACCUCAUCAUACUGUUUCUUUUCUUAUACAGCAUUACAAUAGCAAGUUGCAACAGCCACACUAUUUACAUAUUCUUUUUACACCCUAAGUCAGGACUGACAGUUCACUUGUCACAUAGGAUUUAUGGUAUUUAUGUUAUGUCGCCUGUAAAAGACAAUGAGGUAAUGUUACUAUGACUUUCAAACCAGCCUAUUUUUACCACCUUUUUACCAUUAUAAGCCUAUUAUACCUCACAUGCCGGAACCGGUGAUGAGUGCACAGGAGUAGAGCAAGAUGUGGGUAGGUGUUUCUUAUUUAAAAAAUCCAUUGAAUAUACACCAUCACAAAGAUCUGUUAUUCAUUUGUUGAGGCAGGCCCUUAGAAAACAUUAUAAGACUAAUACAAUGUAUUUUCACAAGAAUAGCAUAUUGAGUUUGUUACUUGUCUGCGCAGCCUAUGAAAUAACAUUUGAAAUGUUAGUUUGUUCAUUAAACAGACAAGAUAACCUUACAUUCCCCUGCCAUAAUCACAGUCAAACAUAUGUUUUAUAGAAAGAAUAUAACAGAAUAAAAUCUAAAUAAUAUUUUUGCCACACAACUUCAGUGUCUCAUGGGAACGUGUGGAACCGCUGUCAUAUAACAAAAAGUGAUAUUUUGAAACAGCCCAAAGUGACUAUGUGCUUUCAAAACCGUUGUAUCUGUUCUUUCCGAUAAAGUAAAUAAAUAAAUGAAAAUCUGAUCUGGAUGAACCUCUGCAAUGAUUUGAAAAAGUCCCUUUUUUGAUCCAUGUUUAAUAUUGUUUUCUAUACCCUCCCUUCGCUUUAAGGAGCGUCGGGUGUUAAAUUUGGAGUAUCUUAAUCCUGAUAGCCUGCCGAUAGAAAAUAAUAUCAAUCUAUAAUUUCAAAAGUAUGUGAGACUUGUGUUUAUAUUUCACAACUUCUGUGGGCUUAUGGGAGUUGCCUAUACGCGAUUGAGCAAAAUAGUAGGCCUCCACUUAAUUUAGGCUACAUUAUUGCAUGUUAACCCUGAAAUGAUCAAGGCAUGAGAACUAAAUGAUUAAGAAUUGCUGCUCCCAAAAUGAAAUCUUAUUAUCUAGUUAGAGACAGACUCAGACCUCUCAUUCAGAGAGACCACACGGAUGUAGAGAUCUCUCAUGUGUUGUCUCAGAUGUGUUAUCUACUUAGAGACAGACUCAGACCUCUCAUUCAGAGAGACCACACGGACGUAGAGAUCUGUCAUGUGUUGUCUCAGAUGUGUUGCCAAGAGGAAGUGUUUUGCCCCUGCUGCGCUGUACAAGCCAUUUGGGGAGCAGGCUGCCGGGGUGAGGAGUCUAUCCCAGUUCCAGGCUUUACAGGACGGGGAGAGUGAGCUGGCCAGUCUCAGGGAGCUGGGGCUCACAGACCUGGAGGUAGAACUGUGGCUCAACAGAAACCAGCCAGAGAACACUGAGAAGGGUCAUGGGGUGUGUGUGGCCCCCGGGGUGCGGCAGCAGCGUCUUCUGGUGAUCCAGGACAAGAUGGAUGCCAGGUUAGAGCUCAUUUCCCGCCCACAGCGCUUCUCUGCCAGCCUACCCCUGUCCCGCAGAGAGAUGGAGAUAGAGAAGGCCCUGUUCCAGGGCAAUGACCGCCUGGGCUUCCUCACUGCACUCUAUCAUCAAGAGGAAGAUACCCAAGCUGACCAGCAGGGGGCAUCUUCCUCAAACCCCCUGGACUCCCUAUACAGAGAUGUCCUAAGUGAUAGGCGAAAACACACGUCUGUGUCUGUAUCAGAGGACUCUGAGCUGAAAACCACAGGACACUCAUCUCUACCUCAGCCUGAACCACAAACUGACUUUGAGAAAUCACAGAGCUCAUGGAAAAGCACUGACCAAUCACAAGUCCAGCUUGACUGUAGAUCUGAUCCAUUGAGAAGUGGGAUCAAGGACUCUGACCAAUCAACUACAAUGGACACUUCUGGCCAAUCACAAGAUCAGGACAGAUCUGUACACAAGCAAUUGUCAGCUCCAAAGAAGAUAAAUGUGAGCCAGCCAAUUGGGAGUCUGUGUAGUGUGGCAAAGGCGGGGCCUGGGGGUCCGGUGAUGGUGCGGGGCGAGGUAGAGGAGGUUCCAGAGGAAGAGAUUCAGCAGAACCGGGAAACAGAGGAAGGGAUCCGGAGCAUACCACGGUUCCACAACUACCAGCCAGGGAAACCAUCAAAGGUGCUGUGUGUGAAGAACCUGAGUGCCCGUGCCUCUGUGGCCCAGCUGGUGGCGCUAUUCUCCAGGUUUGAUUGUGACAUCACCCAGCCUGUUGUCUACCGCCUACUCACUGGCAGACUGAAGGGACACGCCUUCAUCACACUAUCAGACACCGAAACGUCCCAGAGAGCCUUGGAGAUGGUGAACGGUUACCGGUUGCUAGGGAAACCUUUGGUGAUCGAGUUUGGCCUAGAGCGGAGGGAUGAGAAGAAACCAAAAACGGAACGGGAAGAGGAGAAAACGAGAGAAUGUAGUGUACCAUCUCUAUCUAACCCCAGUACUACAGACACUAGAUACUACGACAGGACUUCAACACACAAAUAAGAGAGAGAAACAGACCGACCACAUACAUAUGUGGUCAAAGGAGGAGUGUGACUCUUCAAUGACUGAGGUUUGACAUUUCUGCUCCUUGUACCAUUUGUUGUGUGAAGGUCGAUAAACGUGGAUUAAUUUGUAUUUUUGUCCUGGAUGUUAAGUGUUUUUUUUUGUAUGAUCAUAGGCUGUGUUUGGAAUGUGAAGUAUUAAAAAUCUGUUCUCUGCA